GUGGGCAGGGGACGGAAACGAAUGAGUCUCCGCCUACUUCCAUGGUUUGUGGCGGUUGCUUGGUAACUGGUCACAGCGGCUAGAGGAUACAGGAAAAGGGGCCUCUAUUCCGGCGCGCGCGGCUCGCGGGCAGUCCAAGCCUCUCGCGCCUCCAUGUCGUACUCGCACCCUCCCAGGCGCACGGGGCUGCCGCGCGCCGUGCUGAGGUGGCUGCAGAGCCUGGACCUGAGCUUCUUCCCCAGGAACUUCCGACGGGACUUCUCCAACGGCUACCUCAUCGCCGAGAUCUUCUCCUGGUACUACCCCGGGGACAUCCACAGCCACGGCUACGAGAACGGCGCCUCGCUGGCCACCAAGCUCAGCAACUGGUCCCAGCUCGCCCAGUUUUUUUCCAAAAGAAACUUGAAGCCUGUCCAAGAACUAAUAGAUGGGACAAUUCACUGUAAACCAGGAGCAGCAGAAAUGUUGGUACAAGACAUCUACUCAAUGCUGACAAAUGGACGAAUUAAAAAUAUUCAGGAUGAGGUUGACUUUACAGACCACUAUUAUCAGGAGCAGUUACCGAUGGUCGCCAGGUCAACAGCUUCAAAGGCUAUCAAGAAUAACAUUAAGCUAACAGAAAUAAUGAUAGAGCCCAACAUUAACAAAAAUAGACAAAAGGUUAAUGCCAUCAUCAAUAUGCAUAUGCAACAGAGACUGGUAGAGAGGGAAGAGAACCCAAAGCGGUUUAACAUUAAACCAAGCUUGGCAGAACGUGCAGUUCGUCAUCCGGUUGCUGUAGGUCCCUCUGGGAGUGCGAUUAACAUCCAGAGAGAGAAACUUUCUUUUAUAUCAAACCUAGGGCUCCCAGAAAUCAGAGGCAAAACUGGUGUUCAGUUUAAAGAAAUCCAGGUGAAACAGGCUGACAGAGGAUCUUUUACUGUGGAUGUAUAUGUGCGGCAGCUCCAAGCACCUAGCCAAAAGGAUUCUAACUGAACACUGGAAAAGAAAGUAUUGGAGAGACCUCAACUUUGAAAAUGUACAAGAUCAACUUUAUCUCUCUAUAAUCCUUUGACCAUAUCCAUUGGGAGAGAAUUGCCUGAUUGGUUUCAGAGUCUGUUAAAUCAGAGCAUUAUUUUCUUCUAGUAGAUGCCAAAACAAAAUACAUAUUGGAAAUCUGAUGUUUGGAAGUGUGACAAGCUAAAUCAUCACUAAACAAAGCAGUAUCUAAAAUAUACAUCACUGUAGUUUCCCCAUAGUUAGACAGCUUCCUUCAGUGAUUUGGUACCACAGUUGCUUUUACAGCUCAACCUCCUCCGAGACUUGAUUACUUGCUAGAUUGAGUUGUUUUUAAUAUUUCAAGUUCUUUGUCAGUGAAAUUUUCCAAUUUACAGAUUGUAGUGGUGCAAGAUGAGUAAUAAUGAUGUGUAGUCAAACUUUUUGCACAUUGUGACUUGAUGAGUUGAAUAAAUUUGACAGUUGUACUUUG